UACUUCGCUUGCCUUCGCGCCUCGCCUCGCUCCCUCCCCAUCCGGUUAAUUCAGCUCUUGGCCGACUGGUGCUUUCGUAAACAUCCGGGACUUUAUUUCCAGCCCACGUUCCCCUGACAUCCGGGUACAAACCCCCGGCUCCGCUAUGGGGGCGGGGCCAUAGCGUGAUGACAUAAUACGCAAAAAGUGUGUGCCUUGUGUCUACCGCCGGGAGAAAAAUGUUGGUGUAGAAAUAGCGGCGAUGACAUCGGAACAGGCGCAAUCCCCAGACGUGGAGCAAUGGGUUGAGGAAGCCCAGGAGGAAAAUAUUCGACCCUCGAAGUCGCGGGCUGUCGCCGGGUCCAUUAAAGCAAAAGAGUUCGAUUCCAUCUUGUAUGGUCCAGUUGUGGAUUAUUCCUUCAGAAAGCUGGAAACUUUAUCUGACUGUGUUAAACUGACGCCUCGCACUGGCCUCCGACCAAAUGAGUACACAGAGGACAAGAAGCUGAAGAGCUGUUCCUUGCGUCUGAGCCACAACCGGCUGUCUGACUUGAGCGAACUGAACCAACUGAUUAACGCAUUGUUUGUGGAACCUCACCGCUUGUUCUGGAUUGACCUCUCCUUCAACCGCCUUCCCAACAUUGACCCUGUCCUGGUCCAGUGCACUACGCUGCAAAUCCUCAAUCUCCAUGGUAACCAGAUUGGCGAGCUGUCUGAGGUGGACAAGUUGGCCUCGCUGGUCCACCUGCGGAGCCUGACGUUGCAUGGCAACCCUUUGGAGCAGAUCAAAGGAUACAGGAGUUAUUUGGUGGGGAUCAUCCCACAGUUAAAGUCACUAGACUACAGCACAAUCACCAAACAAGAUCGUUCUACUGCUGCUGUCCUGAAGUCAUUCACCAAACGUAAGCGUGUCGCCAGGAGAAAGUACUAUGACUGAUUCCAAGAUGGCGUUGCAGUGGAUUUCUUCCCGCACUUUGUUGGUGCUGGAUUCCCAGCUGGAGCAGAGCCAGUGAAUUGGGAAUGCCGGAACACACUCCGCAAUUUUCUCGAAUUAAUUUGAUUUUUAAAAAAAGUCUUG